AUGCCGUCAUCAAUAACGUCAUCAUCGUCAUCAACUAAUAACAAUUCUGACCUAGAAUAUGGUCAUGUCACACCUUACCGUUUGAAUGAGGUGGAACCAAAAGAAGACGAAGAUAGAGAAAACAACGACCAGUCGUCAAUUGUGUCUCUGGAUACAGCUCAAGGAUACGAGGGCGACUCAAACCUCAAAUUGCAUAAAACUGAAACCGAGAAAUCGUUACGUGAAUUGGGUAUACGAAAAGAUGUUCCACAACAAGACUUGAACCAAGCACCUGUGCUGGACCCUAUUUUCCCCGAGGAAUACGUCUUGGAAACGGAAACUGGUUUGGUCAAGGCCAAGACAUUGGAAAGCUUAGGAAGAGAACCCACUAGAGGAACAAGAACACAUAGCAUAAACGAUAAGACAGAGUUUGUCACAUUCAAAAUCGACGAUCCUGAAAACCCGUUGAAUUGGCCCAUGUGGAUCAAGUGGGUCUACACCGUAUUGUUUUCAUUUUCUGUCAUCAGUGCUGCAUAUGGAUCAUCUUGCUUAUCAGGGGGUUUGUUUACUAUCAACGAUAAAUACGGUGUCUCAACUGAAGUUUCAACACUAACAGUCUCCUUGAUGGUGCUUGGUUUCUGUGUUGGUCCAUUACUUUGGGCUCCAUUAUCGGAACAAAUAGGAAGAAGACCCGUAUAUAUAAUCAGUUUUGGCUUGUACACCAUCUUCAAUAUCCCAUGUGCAUUAUCUCCAAAUAUCGGUGGCUUGUUAGUAUGCCGUUUCCUUUGUGGUGUCUUUGCUGCUAGUGCAUUAACAAAUGCCGGUGCAAGCUUGGUGGAUAUUCAUAGUGACACGCGUGGAUUGGCAAUUGCCUUUUUCAGUUUCUGUCCAUAUAGUGGACCGGUUCUUGGUGGUGUCGUUAAUGGAUUCAUCAGUGUUGGUACAAACAGAUUUGACUUGAUGGUUUGGGUCAACAUGGCCUUUGCUGGGGUUAUGUGGAUCAUUUUGGCUCUUAUUCCAGAAACUUAUGCCCCUGUUAUCUUGAAAAAGAGGGCAAAGAAAUUGAGAAAGGAAACAGGAAACCCACAUAUAAUGACUGAACAAGAAGCAUCACCCUUGUCAUUUAAGGAAAUGGUGAAAUUGAACUUGUUGUUGCCAUUAAAGUUUGUUGUUACAGAACCGGUCUUGGACCUUGUAUGUGGCUAUGUUGCAUUGAUCUACGCAUUGCUUUACGCCUUCUUUUUUGCCUAUCCAUACAUUUUCAAUCAAUUAUACGGAUACAAGGACAAUAAAAUUGGUCUUAUGCUUAUCCCAAUCUUGAUUGGCGCUGGUUUGGCAGUAACAACAACACCAUUUUUGGAGAAACACUACAUCAAAGUAACUACAAAACUUUACCUGGAAGGUAAGCCAGUGCCCCCAGAGUUGCGUCUUUGGGGUGCAAUGAUUGGUGCACCAUUCCCAGCAAUUGCAUUGUUUAUUUUGGGUGCCACUUCGUAUAAACAUAUCAUUUGGGUUGGCCCUGCAUCAUCCGGUAUCGCAUUUGGUUAUGGAAUGGUUUUGAUCUACUACUCCUUGAAUAACUACAUCAUUGAUACAUAUGCUAAAUACGCCGCUUCUGCAUUAGCAACAAAAGUGUUUCUUAGAAGUACUGCAGGUGCUGCAUUUCCACUUUUCGUUACAUACAUGUACGAAGGUCUCGGUUUACAAUGGGCAAGUUGGUUGCUUGCUUUUGUCUCCUUGGCCAAUGUGUUGAUUCCAUUUGCAUUUUACAAGUAUGGUAAAGUUUUAAGAGCUAAAUGGUGUAAAGAAGACUACACUGUGCAUAAAGAUAACUUUUAA